GACCGUACUGAAAGCGCAAACGUGAACACCGACUAUACCGUACGUAACCGAACACGAUCACAUUCACGCACCACUCGAUAACGUGGCCACGGUCGUAGCAAUUUUUUAGUUUAUGAUGUUUAAUAUUUCGCACAACCGGGAGUAGACACAAUCGACCAAAUAUCCGGUUUCUGGUGGUCUUGUCCGUUAUCCUCAACUGUGUUGACGCAUCCGUUUGUGUCUGUCGUGGUGACCGAACACUAGAGCGGUGUCUGCCACGCGGAAAUCGGCCGCCUCGGAUGGAGCCGCCUCGGACGACGCCGACGGCCAGGAGACCACGGGCUGUCGCCUUAAUUUGUCUGAUAUCGGUGUUAUUGGCUCUGGUUUCGGACGCGGUGUUCGGCUUAAAAGGCGUCCGAAUUUGGAAUCCUGAAGCCAUCCGAGCGGGUGAGCUGUUGCGGCUAUCUUGUGACUACGAUCUCGAGGGGGUGCCAUUGUACUCAAUAAAAUGGUACUUUGGAGACCAAGAGUUCUACAGAUUCGUGCCAAAAGAGUCACCACCGACUAGGGUUUUCCCACUGUCCGGUACAACAUCGGUUGACAUAUCUGAGUCAGACGACCACUCAGUAACAUUGACUAACCUACCUCGGGACAUGUCAGGACACUAUAAAUGCGAAAUUUCCGCGGACGCUCCACUAUUUCACACGCAAAUCAAAGAGUCGUAUAUAACUAUAAUUGAAGAACCAAAGACACCGCCACUUAUGUUUGCCGGUAAGCUCAAGUACAUCAAGGACGAACCUGUAAACAUAAAUUGCACUUCUUAUUCGGCGUUUCCAGCCACCAAUCUCACGUGGUUCAUAAACGAUAAAAAGGUGACGAAUUCGACGAAAUACGCAAAGACGACGGCUUGGAUUACAACCGAAGAUGACGGGUUGUUGACCAGCAAAUCACGUCUGGAGCUGACGACCCAUGCUGCGUACUUCCCGGGUGGCCGUAUGACGGUCCGCUGCGAGUCCAAUCAAUUUCUGUUGUACAAAAAGUACUCAGUUAUUGAGCUGAUGGAUGACUCACCCAGACUGGCCCAGAUGAUCAGCCCCACUACUGUGCUGAGAUCGGGUGGACCACAAGCGAGUUCAGCUGAUCGUUUCGGUACCGGAUGUGUGUUUGUAUUGGUCGCCUUUGUAGCCAAUCGAAUAACACUAUCUCUUUUAAGAUAGCUUUACGAUUAUCAUACACAAUAGCCAAACACUCAGACAUAAUUAUUAUUAUUGUUACGUCAUGUUAUUAUAGACGGUCAUCGUCGUCAUAUUUGAUAAGUAUUUUACAAGAGUAAUAAUUUUAUAAAUUAUGAUUGUAAUAUAUUAUAUUAUGAAUAUAAUAUACGGUAUAUUCAACAUAUAUGGUAAUGUAACAUGGUCGAUCGUUUGUGAUGUUAUUAUGUUUGUAUCGGAGUGGAUGCCGAGAAUAGAUCGUGAAUAGGUCUCGAUUCUAUUUAACCGUACCAAUCGAAUUUAUAUUAAUUAUUCGUUUAAAAUGUUUUCUUCUAUUUCGCAGCGUGACUGAACUACAGCAAUGCCAAGUGCCAAGGCAAUAGCGAGCUGUCACCUCCCCUCCACUACCCUGUCAGUAACCACCCACUUACACCCAUUAUCGAUAACAAAAAUUAAAUAAGAAAAUGAGAUAACUUUCUUUACACCACGCAAUAUACGAUAUAAACAUAAUAAUACGUGAUCACAAAAACAUUAAAAUAUAUUAUGAUUUAUACAUUUAAUAUAGGAUUUAACCGCUAUAUUGUAUUUUCCAAAACCUUUUAAUUGUGAACAAUAUAUAUUAUAUAUAAUAUAUACGAGCAAAUUAUUUAAUGUUUGUGUUUUAUUAAAAAUUUUUUUCUGAAAUAAAAACUAAUUGAUGAUUUUUAAUUAUGUAUCAUACUAUGUCGUCUAUAUACCAUGCAAGUAGUUGUGUACAUAAACUGUCAAACUUGACUGAAGGAAAAACGUCUGUAAUGGCGUUACAAUUAUUACUUUUUUAAAAAGAGUUCAAGUAUUUAUAACUGAACAAAUAUCCACAAUUUAAUAUACAUUUUUUUUUUUU